CAUGGGGAGCCAGCCUCGCUUGUUCCACUCGCUCUCUCUCUCUCUCUCGCUGGAGGAAGAAGAAGGCCACAGCAGUUUUACCAUGAAGAUCACUGAAAUACUGGGAGCUGGGGACAUCGCCAAGGCUAUCGAACAAUGCAAAGAGUCUUUCACCUUCAAGAAGUUUUUUAAAACAAGUGGCCUCUCCAGUAAAUCCGCUGACGAAGUGAAGGAAGUCUUCGCAAUCCUGGACCAGGAUGGGAGCGGCUACAUAGACAAGAGUGAACUGAGGUCCUUCCUUAAAUACUUCUCCCCCGAUGCCAGACUGCUGAGCGAUAAAGAGGCCGAGACCAUGGUUUCCGCUGUGGACAACGAUGGUGAUGGGAAAAUCAAAUAUCAGGAAUUCCUACAACUAGUGUCGAUGUCGAAAAAUCCUGAAGCCUAGAACUAAUCCGAGAAAGGCCGUGAUGUUCUAUUGCAUCCACUUUACCAGCACUGAGGCAGGCAUUGAUCUGGACACCUUUGAUCAAACAGCAUGAUGGAAGUGUGCUGAAUGCUUGGUUGUACAUCUCUCAAGGAAAGGUCGUUCAAUACUAAAUAAAGUACAUUUUGAAAGUAAA